AUGACAGCAUUUUCUUAUGCAUCGAACUCUACACAUCUUUGGUCCAUGCGCCUUGCAGAUAAAGAUUAUUUUCGAAUAGCACGUCUUCUACCAUAUCGAAAUGUCACCUACAUAGGUGGACCGAAUCCUGACACGAUCGAUUCAUGUGAUCAUUCAUCAACAGGCGAAUAUUCCAUUCAAACAGCAUUACAUGCUCAACGGUGGAUUUUCGAGCAUCAACAUCCGCUAGAUUGUUCUAAUAAACUAUUUGCCAUCAUUUAUAAUUUUGCCUGGUCAGGAUUUGGUUCGACAAUACAUCAGAUCGUGUGGGCCUUGGGUAUGGCAUUCGCUGAAGAUAGAAUAGCUGUCUAUGAAACACCAGGCAAUUGGUCAUAA